UGAACUUGCUCAGUAACAAAACAUGUUUAUAGGUAUGUUCCCAGUGGAGAAUGAUCUCUGUACAGAUAAGACAAAGACUGUGCAACACUGCAGUCUUCUUUUAAAAGCACUUUCUUCUUGCAGGUGGUAGAAGCAGGUCUGAGUAGAAGUAAUCCACUACUGAAACGUCCAGUUCGCACUCAAGCAGUUAUUGACCAGUCUGACAUGUACACACAUGUUUUAUCUGUAUUUACAGAGAAGAAGGAAGAACCUCAUAAGUUCACUAUAGCAGUCCUGAUGGAAUACAUUCGCUCUCUUAACCAGUUUCAGAUUGCAGUUCAGCACUACUUGUAUGAGCUGGUCAUCAAAACCCUUGUUCAACACAACUUGUUCUACAUGCUCCAUCAGUUUCUGCAGUACCAUGUGCUCAGUGACUCAAAGCCUUUGGCUUGUCUGUUACUGUCCCUGGAAAGCAUUUACCCUCCUGCACACCAGCUCUCUCUGGACAUGUUAAAAAGACUUUCCACAGCAAAUGAUGAAAUAGUGGAAGUUCUGUUGUCCAAACACCAAGUUCUGGCUGCCUUGAGAUUCAUCAGGGGCAUUGGAGGACAUGACAGCAUUUCAGCCCGCAAAUUCCUUGAUGCAGCAAAACAAGCAGAAGAUGACAUGCUUUUCUACACUAUAUUCCGAUUCUUUGAACAAAGAAACCAGCGGUUACGAGGAAACCCUAGUUUUACACCAGGCGAGCACUGUGAAGAACAUGUCACCUUCUUCAAACAAGUUUUUGGAGAACAGGCUCUCAUGAAGCCCACAACACUCUAAAAGACUCUUCCACUGAAAUGUAUAAACUUAAUUUAUUGCAUUUAAGUAGAUUUUUGAACUACAAAAUUGCUAUUUUAUAAUAAAGUAUAUACAAGACA